AUGGGUGCUAACGACCGGGGCAAAACCUACAUCACAGUCAGUGCUGUGCUCGUCGCGCUGUCCACGGUUGUUGUUGGGUUUCGCAUCGUUGCGCGAUGGAUGAGAACCACCUUGGGACUGGAUGACUAUGUCAUCUGUGUGUCGAUUAUUCUUGCCUAUAGCAUGCUGGGGGAGGCGGUCUUUUGGGCCCGAGAUGGCGGGCUAGGAAAGCACAUGGACGAGCUGAAAUCACAGUGUUUCUUCGCCAACGAGAUCUCCUAUACGCUCCUCAUCCCCUCGAUCAAAAUCUCCAUUCUCCUGCUCUAUCGCCGAAUCUUCACCGUUCGCAAGUUCCGAAUCGCGAGCCUCAUCACCGGUGGCCUAGUCCUAUCAUGGUGUCUCGCUGUCUUGAUUACCGUCUUUCUUCAAUGUCGCCCGAUUGCCCUGAACUGGAACAAGACCUUAGAGGGAACCUGCAUCGACCCGAAAAAGUUUUUCUUCGGCAAUGCGAUAUCCAAUCUCCUCAUCGAUGUGGUUAUCCUCGCGUUACCGAUCCCGAUGGUUCUACAGCUCCAGCUACGUUUGACCCAGAAGCUCACUAUUCUGGGCAUAUUCCUUCUGGGUGGAUUGUACGAUCCCAUACUACGUUUGUGGAAGAUGAAAGCUUAUGAAUCCAGUGUCUGUGUCGCGAGCGUUAUGCGAGUCGUUACCCUCGAUAUUUUCGAAACGAUGGAUACCUCAUACUCCGUGAUGGAAGCCGCGACCUGGACCUUCGUCGAGCCCUGCGUCGGAAUCAUCUGCGCGUGUUUACCGACCCUUCGACCGCUGCUACGGACCCUAUGCUGUUCCUUCUCGUGGAGCACGGAUCAUUCCGACGGUCCGCCGGCAAACUAUAGGAUGCACAGAAUAUCCAGCGCGGCAAAGAAUGACUCGGCGGGUAGGAGCGACAGGGAAUGGGACCAUAAGCGAUUUGGAGAUGAGUUCGCAUUAAUGGGAGGGAACACGAAAGUAACUGUCAAUGGAGAUGAUGCUUCUUAG